AUGGCGUCCUCUCCCGAAAACCGGGCCUUGCCACUUACCGCUGUCAACAUCGCCGCCUUGAUCCUGGCCACGACAGUAACGGCCCUUCGAUGUUUUGUCCGCAUCCGGCUGCUCAAAGCUUUUGGGGCUGACGACUGGCUGAUGGUCGCUGCCUCAGUCUGCUUUGCUUUCUAUUGCUCCUUCUCCCUCGCUGGCCUCGCCAACGGGACGGGCUACCAUGUGGAAGACCUGAGCAAAGAAGCCUACGCAGAGGCCAAAAAGUGGUGGUAUUGCUGCUAUCCGACCUACGCUGUCACUAUGGCGUUGACCAAGAUAUCCAUUACCUUCUUUUUCCGCCGCGUCAUCGUCGAACGCGUGCAAAAGCUCAUUCUCGCCAUAGCCUUGGUGUUGACUAUCGUCAGCUGCCUGGUCUUCUUCUUCGCCGGUAUCUUCCAAUGCUGGCCGGUCAGCUACUUCUGGGACAAGUAUAGCCAAACAGGCACCUGCAUCCCUGAUCGUAUCAUCAUUGCCCUGGUCAUGCUGUUCAGCGUCAUCAAUAUCAUCACCGACUUCACCUUUGCCCUGAUGCCCGCCUGGAUUCUAUCCCACCUCAACAUGAAGCGCAAGACCAAGCUAGCUCUGUGCGUGCUGAUGGGCCUCGGUUGCAUUGCCAGUGCCGCCGUGGUUAUUCGCCUGCCCUACGUCCAUCUCAUCUCCAGCGACGACUUCUUGUACGACACUGUCGACGUCGCCAUCUGGUCCACGAUCGAGCAGUGCCUAGCCAUCACAGCAGCCGGCCUCGCCACCCUACAGCCUCUUGUCAAAAUCAUCGGGUUCAAGUUGGGAAUCGGCUCCCGCCCUUCGCUGCCUCAAUCGGGGUACGGCAACAGCAUGCCCAUGCCGACGGGGUCGAUUGCCGUCAAGAGGUCUUUCACACGCCGGACCGAGGCGAGGACGUCUUCCCACAACCAGUACGACCAGGCAGGGCUCAAAUUGCAGCCUGUCAUCGGGGAGUAUUCUGCGGAGUGCUACAACACGAGCCAGGAACUGCUUAGGGUACCGUCGGGAUCCGACGGGAAACCGUCCAAGGAGUCGGAGAGGAGUUCCCACUCGCGGCAUGGGUAA